AUGUCUAAUCCUAAGGGGCGCGGAGGUCGAGAUGGCUUAGGUGGAAGCCAAGGUCGUGGGCAAUUGAUUCCCAGGGAGCUUUUUGAGUCACCAGGAGCUCCAGAAAACCCGAACCUUGGCUCUGAGACGCACCGAGAUGAUUCACAGGCACGUGACAUUGGUGAACGCGUACCGGAGAUGCCGAGUAGCCAGAGGGAGGAAGCUGAAGGGUCAAACCGUGCAUCAAAAAUGGUUUUGAGCCCUACUGGAUUGUGGUUUGAUGAUAACAAAGUUAGCGGGUCCAUCACUGACAUUUUCCAGGGUCAUUUUCGAGAACCUUGGUUUAACUACAGUGAGGUGGACGAUGCAACAAAGACGCAUUGGUGGAACUCAUUCACGGAGACGUACAACAAGAAGCUGGAUGAUUGUAGCACUCAAGGGUCACAGCCAAACCCUGAUUUGUUGUAUUGGGAGACAGUUGGUGGGAGGAACAGAGGAAAAGUGCAGGGGUUGGGUCAGGGAGAUCAUUUGUACUACAACUCUUCAUCUGGGCGAGGAGGAGAUGGCUCUUCACAACUAUAUGAGCCAUCGAUGUUUUCUCAGCUAGAGGCGCAGGUGGAAGCCAAGGUCGCUGCACGGAUGGUAGAAGUGGAGGCAAAGGUCGCAGCACGUCUGGAAGAGUCAAACCGGUCCCUCGUGCAGGAAAUGAUGCGGAACAUGACUAAUUUUGGCCAUCUAUUCUCAGGUUGCAACACAGGACCCUCUCCACAACGCAGACCAGAGGAUGACCCGGGGUUUGGUGGUGGCGGCACUAGUGCUACAGAGACACCCGCCACAGUGUAGUUUGUUUGGUUUUGGCAACUAGCUAGAUUACUAACUUAUAGUUUCUACAUACUUAGUCUAACUUUA